GAAUGCGCCGGAUUUCCUGUCGCUGUUGAGCGGACGGGAACAAUGUCGAUCACAUCUUCGCUCUGCGUUGAUAUUGAUGUUGACGGUUCGCGGCCGUUUCAUGUCCCAGCCUGAAGUCUACUGCGGAGUAACGAGCCCAUCUGAGCCGUGAUGGAGCCUGGGUGUAGGCGACUACCCUCGCUCUUCCCGACCGGGGACCCCCGCCUUGCGGCCAGAGAGGCCGCUGCCUUUGGACAAGCGAGCGAGGCGCUGCUGCCGCCGCCACCGCCACCGCCGCCUGUGGCGUUCAGACAUCCCGGAGCAGCGAUCUUGGCCCCGCCGCCCGGUUAUGUCCCGGGCCACGCUCCCGGGCCGAGCCAGACUUUCACCUUUAAGCCUCUCGGAAGCUUUCCUGGGCCCGUCCAUUUCGGUACCUCGGCGGUCGGAAAUUUCGGGCAUCCUGAGCCCAUCUUCAGCUCGCUCACAAGUCCGCACAUACCGCGGGCCCGCGGAGCUGGUGUGGACCCGACCAAAGCAUCGAGUGGACUCCCGGCGUUUCAAUUCGACCAGUCUCGGAGCAGCGGUGGAGAAGCGGUCCUUUACAGUGCCCCACAGAGCAUGCCUGGCCCAGGUGGACCACCUUUCAGCUUCUCACAAGUUGCAAACAGCUCUUCCUCCAGCUUCUUCAGUUUACCUCGGCCAAAAGCGUCAACCAGUUUACCAGAUGCUUUCAGCUUCUCUCAGCCGACAGCCAUGGGCAGUUCUGCCGAAAGCUUUCAUUUUGUCCCGCCGAUUCCCAGUAACGACAGAUCUUCAGCCCAAUUCACCUUCUCGCAACCGAGUGUAGCUGGCUCCCUGGACGUGUCGUCGUCAAAUAAAACAUUGGGUGGCGAAGAAAAAACGGGUCAGAAACCGGUUUUGGGAGUGAGUGAUGCCGGCCUUUUCCCAUAUGACGGGAAACGCAGUGUCACGGGAGUCGGUGGCAUUCCUGGAAGGAUUGGGUCUGUUACAAAGCAUGAAAUGAAGGAAGAACAGUUAACUACUAAGAAAGGGGUCAAAAGAAAAGACAAGCGAGACAAGUCACCACACCAAUUUGAACCCGGUCCUGUCAAAGAACAAACACCGUGGACAAUAAGUAGGCCAUCCUUGGGGAAACGGCCAGCGAGAGUUGCACCUUCAAUGGGCGUCUUUAAUCGCACCCUUCGCGAUGUGUUGAAAGGUAGGAGGAGGGAGCAGAGAAGAGACAGCGCAACCUCAGAACAUGAAACAAUUGAAAGAUUAAAGCUGUUGUCCCAAACGAGCAUUCCUUCGGAAUGGCCCACUCGUAUGAGAAAAGAAGAAACAAAAAAGAAAGUACGAGAUGAUUUUCCUGGUAAGGCUUCUCGGAGACUAUGCCGAAGUGAUAGUACGGACAGCCUUUCCAGCACUCCUUUGUCAGAACUCACUGCCAUCCAAUGUAAAAACAUCCCAGCCGACCUUAACAAGAAGGAGAUCAUCAGGAAGCACUUUUCCCAGUUUGGCAAGGUGCAGCGAGUGUACUGCCAAACCAGUAAGAAUCAGGCUGUAGUUCACUUCGCCAAUCAUACAUCAGCAUCCAAUGCAAAGAGAAAAGGGAAGUCAUUAUGCAAGCAACAUAUUGAAGUAUUUUGGCAAAAAAAGAAAACCAGUCCUGGAAAGAAAACUUCAUGGGAAGAAACGGAGAAACCAAAAGGAGAUGACAAGGACAAACCCAAUUUGGAGCAUUCACCUUUACACAAUCCUACUGUAAAAGCUUCUGCUGUAGGAAGUACUGCAAACAGGUCACCAGUUAAGAGUGCACCCAUUAAGAGUCAAAAAUUAGAGAAUGAAUCUCAGCAAUCAACAGAGAUAGAAGAUCAGAUGUUGGUAUCUGAGCAUAUGGUGACUCUACCUUCUUCUCUCAGUCACCUGAUUGGCACAAUUGCUGCUAAUCCUGAGGAGAAAUAUAGAGUACUGGACCAACGAGACAAGUUAAUGAGACAAGACCGAGUGAAAAGAACUGAUCUGGAAAAAGCUAAAGCUUUGGUGGGGACCUGCAUGGACAUGUGCCCGGAGAAGGAACGCUACAUGAGAGAGACAAGAUACCAGCUCAGUUCUUUUGAGAUCAUGGCUGGCACUGACAAGGUUAACCAUGAAGCUGCAAUCAAGGAGUAUAGCAGAUCAUCAGCUGAUCAAGAAGAACCUCUGCCCCAUGAACUUCGCCCUGCCUCUGUGUUGAAAUUAACUAUGGAUUAUUUAGUGACCAAGAUCAUGGAUCUGGGUGAGGGCAAUUAUCGGGACUGGUAUGACUUUGUAUGGAAUCGAACUCGUGGUGUAAGAAAGGAUAUUACACAACAGCACCUUUGUGAUAAGCCAAUUGUGGCCCUAAUUGAAAAGUGUACACGAUUCCAUAUCCACUGCAGUCAUCAUCUCUGUGAGGAGCCAAUGUCCACUUAUGAUGCUAAGAUAAACGAUGAAAACCUGACUAAGUGUUUGCAAAGUCUGAAAGAAAUGUACCAGGAUUUAGCCAACAAGGAUAUCUACUGUGAGAAUGAGGCAGAAUUCCGUGGCUACCAUGUUCUGCUCAAUCUCAAUGAGGGAGAUAUUCUCCGGGAAGUCCAACAGCUCCGUCCAAUCAUCCGGAACUCCCCAGGGGUGAAGUUGGCUGUCCAGGCAUUUGCUGCUCUAAACAGCAACAACUUUGUACGUUUUUUCAAAUUGGUUAAGGCAGCCUCCUACCUCAGUGCCUGUAUACUGCAUCGUUAUUUCAAACAGGUUCGUCGUGAAGCUCUCAAAGCUUUGAAUGUUGCUCUCACGGUGAGCUCUCAGCGAUCCACAAUGUUUCCAAUGGAUACUCUUGUUAGAAUGCUGCUGUUUAAAGACUGUGGAGAAGCAGCUGAAUUUGCUAGGGACUAUGGACUAAGUGUGAGUGAUUGGUGUGUAGAAUUGAAUCGAUCAACAUUAUGCGAUCCAGAAUUUGUACUGUUGCCCAAAAAGUCCUUAUUUAUUGAUCAGAAACGGACUACUCUCAUUGGUGAAGUUGUGAAUGGGAGGCAGCUUCCACUCUUCAUACCCCAUGUCCCUAUUUUGAGCUUUGACCGUCAAGGGCAAUACAUUGGAGAGUGCUUUGAGCCAAGCAAUGUGGGCCGGAAAUUGCCUCCACCAGAUGAUCAUGAAGCAGAACCAAAAGUUGAACCUCCACCUGUAACAUUAUCCACAACUGUACAACUCAAAGACCAAAUUCCUGCUCAAGAAGUACUUCCUGUUGAACAGCUGCCUCGGGCACCACCACCACCACUGCCACCACCACCACCACCACUUCAGAUUCUGCCUUCUCCAAUAACUUCACUGUGUGUUGCCCCACAGGUGCCCAGUGCACCUCCACCAAAACCGCAGCCAACCUAUUCUGAGAAGAUGAUCGUUGAUGUGGUAAAAGACUUGGUCAAAGAUAUGAUAAAGGAUGUUCUUCGUGUGGAGUGUAAAGAAGUGGCUAAAGCAGGAGCAACGUUUGCUGCUGAAGCUAUCAGCAUGUCAAACAUGUCCACUGAGGAAUUAAUUGCAGAAGUUACCACCGAGAUGCUGAAGGAAACUUCAUCUGAAGAAGUUCUGGCAGAAAAACAGAGGAUUGAAGAUGAAAAGCAAAGGAUUGAACAAGCCAGACGGAAGCAGGAAUGGGAAUUGUGGAAGAGCCGCUACAGUCAAGCACUGUGUGAUGAGAUUACAGAUCAAGUUGUGGAAUACUCUGUUAGAAAAUGUGCAACUCAUGAGCUGAGGUUUGCAAUGGAAGAAGACAGGCGAGCGCGUAUCAAUCGUUGUUCUACAGAGCUUUGUAACUCCCUCAUCAAAGAAACGCUGGAGAGUGAGAUCUUCCAGGCUGUCAAGGAGACACUGCAAGAAGUUCAUUGUUUCUGCAAAUACUUAAAGAAAUGGAGAGCAACAGCAGAGGCCCGGAAACGCCUGCGAAAACAAAUGACGAUGUUCCCGGCAGCACCUGGAAGUGCGGGCCCUGGCUACAAAUUGAGUCCCCAGAAGAUGAGCCCAGAAAUGCGCCCAGAUGACAACCUCAGCAUUUCUUGUACACGGUUGCUGCAGAAGAGGAAGGAGAUAGCUCACCAAGUCAGAAUUCAGAAUUUCUAUCAACGGCUCCUCUGUCAGGCUGCAUGGACACCCAUGGAUUUGUUCACGUUGGUUGCUGAAAGCUUCCCAGUUUGUAAGAAGAGAAUCUUCUGGAAGGUUAUUCUACUGUUGCCAAGUGAUGAAGAAUGUGGACUUGGUGACACCAACAGAAACUUGAUUGAUUGGAUGAAAGCAAAAUUCCAAGGAGAUGAAUGUGUGGAGGAUUUCCAUAGAGAUGCUGACCAUGUCAUUCAGACACACCAGUGCAAAGCUGUGAGCAGCAAUGAAGCAAUCACCGAGCUUGUGUACAUCUGUGUAAAGGUGACCAAGGGCCCUCUGAGUGACACGGAUGUGGAUGCAGUAGAACAGCGAAAGGAGCUUUUGGGAACAACAGCCCUGAUUCUCUUGCUACCAGCUUGUGUGGAAUGCUCAGACCAGGAAGAAGAGGAGGUGUACUGGCUCUCUGCUACGCUUCAAGUCGCACAGCUCUUGCAAGCAAAACCUUUAAAUCCUGCAGUUCCACUGGUCAUUCUUGUCCCUAGAGAAGGAAAGCCAUUGAAUGAAGAAGAGGUGAUAAAUGGUCUAAAGCUUGAAGCGCUGGUGGCUAAUCAUCUUGUGUCUGAAUUCUUAAUUGUCCCAAUCCCAGAGAAAAUCAACGAUCUUCAGGGAUCAAACCAGGUCUCUGCUGCAGUAAGUUGGCUUGCAUCUCAUUGUCCAUUACCCCCAGAAGUCAGCUGCCAGACUUUGAUGCAGUUCAUUGAAGACGGGCUUUGCCGAGAAUUUACCAACCAGUUUUACAGUGAUAAAACUGAAAGGAAAUCGGCUGCAUUGCCUUCCCAGGAUCCCAGCUGCAUAAUUGAGCUUUACAAUGAUGUGCUACGAUUCCUUGCAGAAGUGAUAUCCUCUGAACAGUUAUACAAUCUUUCCUGGCCAGUGGCAGAGUUUUCGGGACCAACAGCUGAUGAAAUACUGGCACACACAGAGUGGAAUUCUGGUGGCCACCUGGCAUGGCUGAAGAAUGCACUGCUGUCUUUUCAGCUGCCGUUGAUGGAUCUACCCCCCUUGCACGCUCCAUGGUCUAAGGUCUGUGACAUGAUCUUCCAUUAUGUGUCUCAAGUGCCAUGGUCACACCAAGCUUGCCCACUGCUCCUUUCAAAGGUUGAACAACUCCUGAACAGAAUCUGUGACAGGUGGAGAGAGAGCUGUUUCUUGAUGCUGGAAGCCUCAGCAGACGAAGGGCCUUCAGUAUUAGAAAUACCCUGGGAUGAAAUCAUUGCCUAUUGCAUUGAUCAUCGGCUAAGAGAGUGGAAGCCCUUGAACCCGCCCUGUGUUGCAGAAGCCGUGAGCGAAGAUGGGCAGAUCCUUAUAUAUUAUUUCCAGGAUGACCUUAAAAAAUAUAAAGUGCCGAUAAUAUGGCAACAAGCACAAUCACGUACCCAAAUGGAAAUCCAAGAAACCUCUAAAAGGUCAGAGAAGCAGGCUUGCUCUUCAAUUAAGCAGAAAUUGGACUUUGAACCAAAUGCUGUGAAAGUCAGAGCUGAAGAAACGCCUGCAGAAAGGAGUGUAUCUGCUCUGAACAUCACCCAUACCUACUCAGCAGAGGAACUACUGCCAGAACUACUGCAGUCACGACUGAAAACAGAAAGAGAGGAAAAUCGAAGAUACGAGGAACAACUUAACCGCUGGCUAGAUGACGGCCCUUUGGAACCAAUUGCUCUACCCUUGUACCUUCCACAGUGCUUGGCCUCUGCUGCUGAACUUGUUGUCCCCAUGCCCCAAACUGCAGCUCCAUCCUUGCCACAGGAGGUUCCUAGUAAUGAACACAGUGAGGAAUCCUAUAUGGAUGGCUGUAAUUGGCUAAACGAUUCGACAAUGACUUUAUCGGACAAACUGAAAGAGUUUACGAGGCUGAUCCAGGUCAAUCAAGAGGAAGAGAUGACCUGUGAACGUCACCUAUCAAUUUUACUGGACUUAACAGACACUUAACAGAAUUAGCAGAAGAAGCCUAUGUGUCAUUUCUACUCGGCCUGAACAUAUUUUUCCUUAUCCCUCGCUUUGAACAUGUGCAUUGCUUCUUUUGGGACACCCAUGUGCAUUCUAUGAUUGAUGUAUAAUGAAUACCCCAGAUAGGACUUUUUAAAGAAAAUGACAAUAUUUUAUCGUCAAUCAUUGUUAUUUCCCAAUUCAUUGUCGCUUAAAUUUGUUAGUUAUAAACGACUUAUUUUGUAUUUGACUCAAAAUCAUGCUCACUGCGCUUGCUAUCAAACAAAUACAAUAUUUCUGGUAAAGGAUGUGAGCAGGUCUGUUAUUCUAGAUAAAACUAAGAAAAUCCUAUGAUAAAAGUUGCAAAUACCAUCUGAAAUAAUGCUUCUUCAGAAAUAAAUAUUUUGGCUAUCAGUUGACUAGCUUUAAAACAC